AUGCUGAGACCAUCAGGUAAGUGUCGACAGGAUGUUGACAUAUUUGUCUCAACAACCUACAUCAGGUGGUCUCGGCAGCUAGCGUGCAUCGUGUUAACAGGCCUUGCAACAGACGUGGCAUGUGCAAGCAACAUGCUCGACAGUUGCUGUGACGUGUCGCAGGAAGUUUUUGGUGUUUCUAAAGGUGCUGGAACGUGGCUAAGGUGUUGGGAUUCGAAAUUCAAAUAUGGAUAA